CGAAAACACGCCCACAACAUUUGCGCAAAACCGUAUCCACCACAAUGCUUUUCUUCAGUUUCUUCAAAACGCUCGUCGAGCAUGAAAUCACCGUCGAACUCAAGAACGAAGUCCAGAUCCGCGGGACGCUCAAGAGCGUGGACCAGUAUUUGAACAUCAAGCUGGAUAAUGCCGAGGCGGUGGAUGAGAUGCGAUGGCCGCAUUUGUGCUCGACAAAAGACAUGUUCAUCCGCGGCUCGGUAGUGCGAUACGUUCAUCUGCCCUCGGGCGCGGUCGAUACGGCGUUGUUGGAGGAUGCGACGAGGAGAGAGGCGGAGGCGGCGAAGAAUAAGGCGAAAUGAGCAUGAGGGCGUGAUAAGGCGAAUAAGACACCGAUCUGGACGAGUCGUGGAAGAAAUCCGUGACCAGCAAUUGUACAAUAGUGUGCUAUGAGGACUGCACUUCGUUACGGGCGCAUCACGACGUGGGCAGAUUUGAGGAAGGCCUAUCAGAUAGGAAGCUUCUAGCUCAGAAGGAACCAGCGCUAUCGAAGCUAUGAGGACUACGAAUAUACCCAAAAGACAGGAUUGUCGCUGC